AUCGGAUCGGUCUGUAUAGACGUCGCUACUAUCGUUUUUCGUCGCGUAUCAACUGUUAUUCCAUGCGCGUUCUCAUUAGUCACGAGUUCCACUGUGUUUCAGUUUGAAAUGAUAACGGUCGUGAAGACUUAACAAAGAACGAGAGCCAAAAAAAACAAGAAACGUCCGAAUCACCGGGCGGUUGGCGAACAAUGUACUGCUACUAGUGUAUUCAUAUCUUCAAAAAACAAGAUUGUCAAUAAAAAAAUUAACGAAAAAAAGUUGAAAAUUCUACGCGAAUUUUUUUUCUCGAAGAUCUGAAAUUGGCGUACAACUGCAUCGAAAAAGAGAUUUCAAGUAUCAGGAGCGGACAUCAAAAUAUCUAUUUGAAUAACAUUCACUUGAAGAUUAGGUCGAAACAAAGCGUGAGGACUGUUUGGGUUCGAUCGAACAUCAUUGAUCUAUCAAUCUUUCGGAAAAAUGUGGAACCACAAUUCAUCACUAAAUAAUAAAGAGUUUUUUGCAAACGCGUGUCACGUUUGUCAAGUUUAUGGUAAAGACAAAGUAAAACGGUGUGCUAACUGUAAAUUGAUAGCUUACUGCAGUCAAGAACAUCAGAAGAAGCAUUGGCCACAACACAAAGAGCUAUGUCGAGGUCUGAGGUUUUGGGGAAAAAUUGAAAAUAUUUAUCGAUUUUUUGGAUUUUGCGAAAAUACAGACGAGUCAUGGCGAGAUGCAAGAAUGAAUUCGAUUUAUUGUAUUAAAAAUUUGUUGGGUCGUGAACUUACCGUUUCUGAGAGAAGAAUGUUGGCAUUUCCGAGGUGCUGCGAAAUUUGUCAUGAAACAGAUUCCCUGAAGUUACAAGAUUGUGGAGAGUGUCCGAGUGCUAGCUUUUGCUUAAACCAUCCAAAAGAUAAUGAACAUUCUGUCAAAUGUAAAGCUUCCACUCUUAAUUUUCAGGCUAAUAAUAUCCCUUUCACUCCAGUGACCGAUUAUAUGAAAUUACCUUCAAUGAACUAUGGUAAGAGUAUUCCCAAAAAUAUGGAUGAAGUCACUAACUUCUUUGAAUCAUUCUGCCCUGCAGACAAAACUGUUCUACCAAAAGAAUUGUGGAAAGCUGUGCUGGCUUCUCACUUAUCAAGGGUUUACACAUUUCUGUACUCGAUAGAAAAAAUAUUGUGGCCAAAAUCAUCUAAACUGACGAUUCAUGUAAUUGGAGCAAACAUAGCAGAAGCGACGUCCCUAAGCCAAUGGCAAUAUCUACUUCAUCACGACGAAUCUCUUGAAGAGAUUGAAAUAGUCUUUGUUGGUCCAGAACUUUUAUAUAUUCCUGUGAACGUUAAAUUACCCAAAAUGAAGAUGAAAACGAUUGGGAUAAUGUACGAGCAUUUUGUGGCUACUUCACUCUUCACAAUACCUGAUUUUGUUAUUGGAUUUAAUUUGAAAAUCGACGAAAGUUUUCACUUCGGAAUUGACACCUGGUCUCAGAGUAUCAAAACUUUGGCCAGAAUCGGUUGUCCCUUUUUUCUGACUUCAACACGGUUUGCUGAAGGAUUGAAAAAGGAUAGAGAGAGAAUCAAUUCCAUUCUUGGUAAGAAAUGCAAACCGUUUUGGGCUGGAGAAAAUCCAUUUCCAGGUCGAGUACCUUGUAGAGAAUUUCCAUACGAUGAUUUCAGUUAUGAUAAUCGGUACUUGGCCGUUUACAAAAGAUUGGGUUGAAUGCAUUGAACUAAAGUUCAGUGGUUAAUUUUUUUCGAAAAAUCCAAAGUACAAAGUACAAAGUUUUCGAUAUUUCAUUUUAAUUGAGGUUUUGCAUUUAAAGAGGAGCAAUCAUUUUUUUUGUGUCGAUUUAAACUUAGUACUCAUAUUUUUAUUUCUUUGUGCCAUUUAGUAAUUAGUUUCAUUUCGAGGCUGUUAUUUUAAGUUUUAAUAUUAAGUUUUUUUCUAAUGUUCCAUAAACCAUGU